AUGUCGGACGACGAUUACUUCAACGACGACUUUGUACUCGAUGACCAAGCUUUAGCGGCACUCGACCAGGCGGAAAGUCAAUACACCGCUACUCAACGAGCGUCUUCAGGACCACCACCCCCUGCGCGACCUCGAAUACCUCCACCUCCGCCGCCUAUACAGCGUGCGCCACCGCCGAGACCUCUAGUGCAGCCGCCUUCAUUGGCUAGACCUCCACCAAAUGCUGGCCAACCACCUCCGAAGAGGCAGAAAGUCGCUAGCGGAUGGGCUGCACCGGUCCAGCCACGGUCAAUUGCAAGGGAACCAUCUCAGGAUGAUAUUGACAUGCCAGAGAUCCGUGUUGACGGUGGAUUCUAUGGUGCACCUGCUUCGCAGUCGCAGAUGUCGAACUCCCAGCUAUCACAAGGCGACUCCAGUAUGUUCGAUGCACCCUCGUUUGCUGCCGUGCAUACUUCGACCCCCUCUUCUGCUGCCAAUCCCGGUGGCCGUGUUUUCCAACCUUCUCAGCCAGUCGCGGGACCUUCACUCCAACGUCAACCGACUGUGCAGAACUCUUUCAACAAUCCUCGUACUCGUCAGACUUCAUAUAAUGGCCCGCAACAGCAGCAGCAGCGACGCGGUUCUAGCCCUGCUCCUGUCCGGGGUGGACGGACUCUAGCGCGAAGUCAAUCUCAUCCGUCACCUCUGGGCAGUCAGCCGACGCAAAGGAGUCAAAGCAGGCGGGAGAGUAUCAUCCAGACUAUUCGAGCUAGUCAGGCUUUGCGACCAGUGGAAGAAGAUCUGAAUGUGGCUGAUCUCAAGAGGCAGCUCGAGCAGCUUCAACGAGAACACGGAGAGGCUAAGGCCAAGCUUGAUCAGGCUGUCAAAGAGAAACAAGCCAAAGCUGGUGAAGUUGCGAUCUUGCGGCAGAACCUCGAUAAGACUACAGAGGCACAUCAUGCAGAACUCAACGCCCUUCGCACGAUGCGCGAUUCUCUGGAGGCACAGCACGCCGAGAGCAUGCGUGCACACAACGAAGAGAUCGAGCGCAUGCGAACGCAGCUGGUUUUCAAGACGAACGAGCUCAACUCUACCUCUCGUCGCCCUGGGAAGCCCGCGCCACAACCUCCACCAGCAAGCAGUCAGAUGCCGGGAUGGAACUCGUCUUUACCGGGUCCUGCUACAAAGCACUCACCGCGAAAGCCUCAGCCAGGCGCGCAGUUUCCCGUUCAUCCUCCUCUCGGCAGCCCUCGCCGCAAUCGUACUCAGGCGCCGCCCGCAUCCCAGCAACCUCAACUUCCUGGCUUCGUGAAUGCCUUUCUACCAGCAUCGCAAGCUCCUACAACACCUCGGAAGGAUAAGGGCAAAGCACGUGCGGAUCUUACGUCGAGUAGAUCGGGUCCACAGCCGGCGGAUGACGCUGAAGAGGCGGCGUUCUUCGGACCGGGUGGGUCCGGUGAGACGGUGCAGGAUACUUGGGAACCACAGCCGCAAUGGACACAAUUGCAGGCCCCGAGUCCUCCUAUCAGUCCGAGACGGCCAAAGAGGGCCGAGAUUGAGAUGCAGGUGGAACCGCCUACACCUGUGCGGCGCCAUCAGUCAGAGAAGGGCGAGGAGAAGGAAGACAGGAUCACCCCGCCAGAUUGGACGUCCAGACUUCACCAAAUGCUAUAUACGCACAUCUUCGAGCCUACGAGACUCAAUGCUUUUCAGAUGGUUUUGGGCGCGGGCGUGCCCGUUGCAGAUGCUGGAGCUUACGCAUCAGCGUGUCGUACGGCCAAUGCAACAUUAGGAAUUGCCAGUGAAGCGACACCUUUCGACGCUUUCGCAGACUCCUUAUCCAACGUCUUCGCCCGCAUGGCCCGCAUCCUCGUCAAUGGCGAACUACUACUCCCGCUCGCGGCACUAUGCAACCUCGUCACCUUCCUCGCUCUGGCUCUACCGCGCUUUGCCCAUGCAUUAGUCGUGUACGAAGAGGGGUCGGAACAUCAGUCUUUUCUUCUACAGCUGGCGCGAGCGGUCACGCGCCUUCUUUCCAAUAAUGAUGAUGGUGAGAGGGAGAUCUUGGGAAAGGAGGCACUUCGGACGCUGGAUUUGCUCCUCUGCCUCGCUCCACGCGAAUGUGACGUCCACUUGGUCGAACUUCCGAGGCAGAACAAGAAUCUCUUGAUCGCGCUACUCGCUGACGAGCACUCCACUUGGUUCCUCAACAUGUCUUUGCGAUGCAUUGCGUCUCUCGCAUCACGAGCUCCACAGAACGUCUUGACUCUCCCUCACAAUCCCAACGAUCCCGAACGACCGGACUACUCCAGACUUCCCCAACUGCAGCGCAUCUGUGGUAUCUUACGCGACCCCAAGCGUUCCGAGACCUAUCCGAACCUUUUGAAUGUUCUCGUGGCGUUAGCGUUGGCGCCAGGAGAAUCGCUGACAAUCAUGUGUGAGAGCCGUGCGGUGUUCCCUUCCCUUGUCAUGUACUUGCAUGAGCUAUGUACGCCGAUCUGGGAAGAGGACGACAAGUUGCUCGAUGAUUCUGCAGCGGUCGACAAGACGGUGAAUACGAUCAUUGUCAUCACAUUGCUCCUGCACAAGCUCGCCAUGCGCCUCAACUCUAACCUCAAAGCCAAGCUUGCGGCGUACCGUCAGAUGGUGUCCACAACACAAUACACCGGUGUAGGACAUAUGUUCGCUGUUACGCUCUCGCGCUUGAGCUAUGCAGAGGUACCGGAGGAAAUACAGGGCCCGAGUCACAGAAAGUUAAACGACAUUGGAGAGGUCGCCGAGGCUAUUUUGGAGCUGGUGAUUGAUGGACCAGAGGCUGAAUCGGCGUAUUCGACAUAUGUGAAUGAUGACGAACCACAGGAACAGCCGGAGGAUGUGAUUGAGAUCGAAGAGGACGAGGCGGAUAUGGAGGCGAGUAUGUUGGGCUAG